AGAGCUCGUGGCGGCGGCGGCGGCGGCCUUCAGCCAGCCAGGCAGCCAGCCAGCGCGAGGAUAGUGCCGGAGCCCCACCUGGUCCGGCCGGCAGGGAUUACUCUUCAACCCCCACCCCAACGGGGAGAGAGAGAGAGAGAGACUCGUUCUCUGGAUCCUUCAUUAGACGCCUCGCUUAACCGAAGGAUAUGGUGACUGACUUUGAUGAGAAACAUGAUGAGUACAUAGUACUGCUUCAGCAGAGAAACAGGAUAUUGAAACAACUCAGAAGAAAAGACCCCAUACGGAUCAAGUUGGAGCAGCUGGAACAGGGAUUUACUUUAUACGUGAAUGGUGCUAACUCAGAGCUGAGGAACAACAGCAAGCAAGUGAACCUGCGGAACUUUGUCAGAAGAGGUGAACGAAUAGUCCGGGGAAACGACACGGUCACAAGUGCCUUGUUAAAAGAAGGAGAUGUGCAAAGGAGGGGCACGCAGACUGCACCGGGUAAAAUCCAGCGCCGAGAGUGGCUCCAGAAAGCCGUGCAAAUCAAAACAGAGAGUGGAUCUCGGGUUUGCAUUGCUCCUCCUUCUGAAUACUCCGAGGACUUUGAACCUUAUGAAAGCCUGAACCUGGAAUCAGAGGACCCUGAACAAGAUGAUCUUUGUCAGAGCCUUGAGUCUCCUGGACGUUUGGUCCCCAGUGGUGCUGCGCUCUAUGGUCCAGAGGCGAAACUAAGCAUGAGCAGCGAUGCCGGAAAGGGACAAUUGCUCCUCGAUGCGGAGGAUGUGCAGGAACUCUGUCAGAGCUUGGAGCUGGCCAGAAGUGGGAGCAGGAUAGAGAAAGACUGUUCAGAGGGGGAGGAGUCUGACUCUGUGGAAGAGGAUGUGCCUCCGGAGCCCCCUGAGGCAGAAGAGCCCACAGAGCCUUCUAGAGGGAGCCCCGACUUGAACCUCAGGCGUGCAGCCACCUCUCCAGCAAGUGGGCCGUCCUGCCGCCUCCAUGUUGCUUCUCCUGCCAUCCUGGAAUUCAAGCUGGAUUUCCCAGUUGUGAAGAAGGAGCGAAGCCUCUCUGCCAGGAGGAAGGGCAGUCUUGAGCCCUACGUCCCCACCAGGCCUGCGAGCCAAGCUGAGGGUCUGCACCAGGAGGAACAGGGAAGAGUCCUCUCCAGGCCGGUGAGCCGAUCAGAAAGGCCCCUCUCGGCCACUCGGAAGAACAUCUGUGAGAAGAAGGACCCCGUGCGUUCAGCCUCCGUGGUCCUGAAAGCUGUGCAAGCGGAAAACGAGGCCCUGCAGCAGGAGAUUCUCCGGAAGCAGCCAGGACCCGAGCAGGAGGAGCAAGCCAUCUCUGCAGAGCAGCCACUGCCAUUUUCUUCAGGAACACAUGGGCCUCCCCCAAAGGCGCAGGAGGGAGCAGCCAUCUCUACAGCCACCGAAGGGACAGGGCUGCUGGGAAGCAGGCAUCCAAAGAAGCUUCUGAAAGUGUUGCAAGAGAUUGAGAGCCAGUCUCCCUGCCGUAGCCCUGUCGUGUUGGGCUCGGAACAGCCAGAGCCACGCAUUCUGGAGCAGCUGGAAGUCCGGGAUGCCAUUUACAUCACUGUGGAGGUCCUUUCCAACUGGGGUGAUGCCCGACGGGUGGGCCUGACGGAGGUGGAGUUCUUUGACCUGCACCACAGGAAGCUGUUUGUCUCUCCGCAUGAUGUGGACCUCCGGCACAGUGACUCCCCUGGGGAGCUGAGCUGCCUAGUGAACGGUAGUCGGAUGGUCAGCAAAGACCGUUUUCCCUGGACGUGCCUCUUCCAGCCUCCGGUGCAACUGUACUUUGUGGUCCGAAAUCCCAGCCUUUCAGGCGACUUUGGUCUUUCCAGGAUUAGGAUUUGGAAUUACAGCACUUCAGUUGUUGGUGACCUGGACAUUGGAGCCCGGGAAGUCCUUGUCUAUGUGGACGGAGCCCUCCUCUUUGCCGGGGAGUUGCCCAAAGGCCGCAUAACCCCCGCCAGGGAUGGCAGCCACUGCACCACCCUCGACCUCCCGGCGGCCGUCUCGCUUUCUCCACAGAGGAGGGAAGAAAAGGACCGGGUCCCUCCCGACCGGAGCCAGGAAACGGGCAAGGGUUUGUCGGCUCUGAGCGCUUCCUUGGAGGGAGAUUCCCCCGAGGGGACAGCCUCCUCGGCCAGUGUCGUUGAGCUGGAGGAAGGUCCUCGGGCAGAGUCAGACCCAGCAGUUUCCACAACACGUGUGAAGGUCCCCCUCCCAGCAGACGCCACAGACUUUGACCAGUCGGAGGAUGAUGACCUUCCUCUGAGCAAGCAAAUGGAAAAGCUGUCUGGAAGGAAGCUGGCCUUGCCCCGUUUGGUUUCCCCGCCUUCUGAGGCCAAAGGAAAGGGCGAGGCCGGCACUUCUAAGCCCAAGCUCCUUCCUUGGCUUGAGCCAGGAUCCUCUCUGGACCUGCAGGGCCGGCAGCCCUUGGAGAUUCUCAAGAGAGGGGGCUCUCCAAGAGUCACAGAAGAGAGCCCUUCCUUCUGGCCAGCUGAGAGAAUCAGCAGUGAGCCCCCAGGGGUGGAUGAGGCCUUGCCCAUGGGUGCCACGAGGGAGCCUGCUGCCGGUGUGGAUUUCCUGAGUCCCCUGCCUUCCAAGUACAGGUCCACCGCAGAGCCGCCCCUGGUGGGGCGAAAUGUCAGGGGCGCGGAAGGGGAAUUUAGCUGUGCCUUGUGCAGAGACAAAGCUCCCACCGAGGAAGGCCAGGCUCCUCCGCCUCCCAGCAAAGGUAGUGCCAGGCCCUCCCGAGCCAAGUGGGGCAGUUCCCCAGAGGACACCUUGCAGGAGUCCUGGAAUUCCCUCCUGAAGUUCAACCACUUGCACCAUGGCCGCAUCUCCAGCCUGGAUUUCCAAGGGGACAUUUUUGACGAGUUUCUCCACCAGCAGAAGAUCAGUCGGGCGGGAGAGCCGCGGCUCCCAUUCAAGGAGGGCGGGCAGGAGGCCCCAAAGCCUCAGGAGGGGGAGCCUGGCUUGGAGCUGCUGGAGGAGGGGCCUGACUUUAAAAUCCCCCUCCUCCCCUACGGGCAGCACCUGAAGGUGGAGAUCCAUUCCACCUGGGGAGACCGGCACUACGUGGGCCUGAACGGAAUCGAGCUCUUCAGCUCCAGGGGGGAGCCCAUCCGAACGGUCCGGAUCGAAGCCGACCCUCCGGACAUCAACGUCCUGCCGGCCUACGGCCAAGACCCCCGGGUGGUGGGCAACCUGCUGGAUGGGGUGAAUCGGACCCAGGAUGACAUGCACCUGUGGCUGGCCCCCUUCACCCCGGGGAAGCCCCACUGCAUUUUCCUAGACUUUGCUGAGCCCUGCGAGGUGGCCAUGAUCCGCAUCUGGAACUACAACAAGUCUCGUAUUCACUCCUUCCGGGGCGUGAAGGACGUCACGAUACUGCUGGACGAGCGCUGCAUCUUCCGAGGGGAAAUCGCCAAGGCUUCUGGGACACUCGCUGGAGCUCCAGAGCAGUUUGGUGACACCAUCCUGUUCACGACCGAUGAUGAAAUCCUGGAGGCCAUCUUCUGUUACGACGAGUCCUACGAGGAGGAAGGCGAAAGCCUUGGCAGCUGGCAGUACGAAGAGGAGCUGAAGAGGCCCCGGACGGCCGACGGAGAGGGGGACGAGAGGCCCUUUACGCAGGCGGGCUCCAGGAGGGAAGACAAGCAGAGCCAGAAGCAGGUUGCUAUGCCAGAUUCUCUUCCGGAUACAGUGGCCAAGGCGCCCGGAGUCUACCCUGGAAAGUGCCUUCAGCUGAACUUCACCGCCUCCUGGGGGGACAGCCACUAUCUUGGACUGACGGGGCUCGAAGUGGUGGGCAAGGAGGGCCAGGCCAUCCCCUUCUCUGUGGAUCAGCUCUCUGCCUCCCCUUGGGACCUGAACGAGCUCCUGGAGUACACAGAGGACUGCAGGACCUUAGAUAAGUUAAUCGACGGAACGAACAUCACUAUGGAGGACAACCACAUGUGGCUCAUUCCCUUCACCCCUGGAGGAGAUCAUGUGGUCACCAUCCAUUUUGGUCAGAUGGAAAACAUUGCUGGUCUUCGCAUCUGGAACUAUAACAAAUCUCCCGAGGACACGUACCGAGGGGCCAAGGUGGUCCACGUGUCACUGGACGGCUGCUGCAUUUCGCCGCCCGGAGGCUUCCUGAUCCGCAAAGGGCCCGGCAACUGCCAUUUUGAUUUUGCCCAGGAAAUCCUCUUUGCUGACUAUCUGAGGGGACCCCCAGUCGUCCCCGUGCGAGAGCGGAGAGACAUGAAGAAGGUGGAGCACGCCAGCAUGGACUACGAGGCGCCCCUCAUGCCCUGUGGCUUCAUUUUCCAGUUCCAGCUGCUGACGAGCUGGGGCGACCCCUACUACAUUGGCCUGAAUGGACUGGAGCUGUAUAACGAGUGUGGAGAGAAGAUUCCCCUCAGUGAGAACAAUAUUGCUGCCUUCCCAGACAGCAUCAACAUUUUGGAUGGAGUCUGUGGGGAUGUCCGCACCCCAGACAAGCUCAUUGACUCCGUGAACGACAGCAACGAUGGGAGGCACAUGUGGCUGGCCCCCAUUCUGCCUGGCUUGGUGAAUCGAGUGUAUGUCAUCUUUGACGUUCCCACCACCGUCUCCAUGAUCAAGCUGUGGAAUUAUGCCAAAACGCCGCAAAGAGGAGUUAAAGAAUUUGGACUCCUGGUGGAUGACUUGCUGGUGUACAACGGCAUUCUCGACAUGGUCUCCCACCUGGUCCAGGGCAUCCUCCCCACCUGCGACCCUGUGGUCCCCUAUCACACCAUCCUCUUCACCGACGACGAAAAGGUCUGCCGUCAGGAGAAGAACACUGUGAUCAGCAACCACAUAGAAGACCAGGACGUGCGGCUGAUGAAUGAAAACAAGGUCAUUUCCUCCUCCAGAAAGAUGCAGGUGGCAGCUGACCCAGCCCUUCGUCCCAAAACCUGCCUUCAGGCCAAAGGAUUGUUGCGAAGGACGCGGCAGUGACCGGAGGAGGAGGUGGCUAAGCGCCUCACUGCAGCCCACCACCAGCUUCCUCCCCCUCCUCCCUCGGUGCCGAGGGCGCUCCCUGACCCGUUUGGCCAAAGGUGACACCUGGUUUCCCACGAAGUGGCUCAGUGGAUGGAUGGAUGGAUGGAGCCUGGGCGGUGGCUGGUUUGGGGAGCAGCCCCAAGACCUCUGGCCAGCUGCAGCCCCAUUAAACCUGCUGCAGCCCCGAAAGAAGACACCGCUUGCUUCUGUCCUCCCGUGAAUGGCUCUGGCUGGAGACAAGCAGAAUCGGAGGCCCAUGCUACACCUCAAGGCCUGCCUGCCCUCUGCCUCGGAGGGCUACAGUUCAGGAGGAAAGGACUUCCAGCUUCUCAGAGACGGGCGCAGCCUCUCCUCUCUUGCUCGGGAGCAUGGGGUUGGGAGAGAGAGGAAGGGAUGAAGGCCAGCAUGAAUAGCGUGAGGAAGGUGGGGGUGGACAGAUCCUAUUCACUUCUCUCUCUACAUCUGUGGGCCUGUGCGAGCCUCCCGCCCGUGCCCUCUUGAUGACCACGCAAGGUUACCCCUAAUGCCCUGAAUGCAAAGAGCCACGUGUGGGCUACAAAGCUGGACAGAGGUGGCAGUGGCGCCCCCACCUCCAAAAGGCUCCCUCUCCAGCCCCAAGCCAGGGCCGAAAGAGGAGGGCUGGAGCCGGGAGGGAGGGAGGGUUAAUCCACUGGCAGGAGCUCAGCUCUGCUGAGCCGCUAUGCUAUCGCCCUAUUUAUAUCCCCACACAGGGAAAGAGGCUUGGGGGAGGCAAGGCAGGCGUGGCAGCUGGGGUGGACGUUCUCUGCAGCCACACCAGGCCCCCUCCCCUCCUGACGUCAGCUGCCUGGGAGAGGGUCCCACCUCGGCAUCGUCUUUGGAGCCCAGCUCACCGGAAGGCGGGAGGGCGGGCCCGUGGGAGCAGGCUCAGGCCGUGUCUGUUGCUGCCCCUCUUGAACUCAGGGGGACGGUGGCCCCAUUCAACGUGUGCCAGCACCCUAUUCUCCAUUUAUAUAUAUUCCCUUUUGGCUUUGGGUGGGGUGUACUUCUCUUUCAAGCUGUUGCUUUCCCACUUUUUUUUAUUACACAGUUGCCUUCA